UAUCCAACCUUCCUCAAAAGUGAUCUCGACACUCCAUUUAUAUACAAUUCAAACCCCCAUUUCCAAUCAACAAAGACAAAGAACAAACUAAAUUCAUCAUCAUUCAUGGAAUAUCCAUCUCCAAAAUGAAGAUCAACCCACAUCUCAACACACCCCUAUGGGGAUCUCUCUCUCUCCUAAUCUUCUUCUCUUCUCUCUCUAACCAAGCUUCCUUCUCUACCACACCCCUCUCAAACCCUAGGCUCCAAAAGGCCUACUUUGCCCUCCAAGCAUGGAAACAUGCCAUCACCUCGGACCCUAAUGGCUUUACUUCGAAUUGGUACGGUCCAAACGUUUGUAACUACACCGGAGUCUACUGCGCCCCCGCCCCGGACGACCCCCAGGUCAUCACAGUCGCGGGGAUCGACCUCAACCAUGCCGGGAUCUCUGGUGAGUUACCGGAGGAGCUCGGCCUCCUGACGGACCUCGCUCUCUUCCACAUCAAUUCCAACUUCUUCUGCGGCACCUUACCCAAGAGUUUUUCAAAACUCUGUUUGCUUCACGAACUUGACGUCAGUAACAACCUCUUUUCCGGGACGUUCCCGUACGUUGUACUCAACAUCCCGUCCCUUAAAUUUCUCGAUAUCCGUUUCAACAAGUUCGAAGGGGAAAUCCCAUCGAGACUUUUUGACUUGAGACUCGAUGCGUUGUUCGUGAACAACAACGACUUCAAGUCAACGUUACCGGAGAACUUCGGUAACUCCCCGGUGUCUGUGGUUGUUCUGGCGAACAACCAAGUCAAUGGGUGCUUGCCAUCGAGCAUAGGGAACAUGGGGGGAACCCUGAACGAGAUCAUUCUCUUGAAUGUGGGGUUGAACGGUUGUUUGCCGACGGAGAUAGGGUUGCUGAAGGAAGCGACGGUGUUCGACGUGAGCGAUAAUAUGUUUGUGGGGACGUUGCCGGAGUCGAUGGGAGGGAUGAGGAGCUUGGAGCAGCUGAAUGUGGCGCAUAAUAAACUUACCGGCGAGAUUCCGGCGAGCAUAUGUACUUUGCCCAAGUUGGAGAACUUCACCUACUCUUACAAUUACUUUUGCGGUGAACCGGCUGUUUGUCUUAAGCUGCCGGCGAAAGAUGACCGGGAAAAUUGCAUUCCCGGAAGGCCGGAACAGCGGUCCCCGGCCGAGUGCAAGGCUGCUUACUCUCAGCCGGUGGAUUGCAGUGCUUUUGGGUGUUCGCCUAGAAGCCCUCCUCCUCCUCCUCCGCCUCCGCCUCCGCCCCCGCCCCCUCCCCCUCCCCCUCCCCCUCCCCCGCCCCCGCCCCCAUCACCUCCUCCGCCAUCUCCGCCGCCACAACCAUGCCAAACUCCUCCUUUGCCGCCGCCGCCACCAUGCCAAACCCCUCCUUUGCCGCCGCCGCCACCUUAUCACUACCUAUGAAUAAGUACUUGACCAAAUGAAAAAUCCGUCUUACUUUUGUAUUUUUGAUUUUGUUUGCAUUGACAAAGGAGGUUAGAAUUAAUAACUUACAUUUGGAGAGGGGGGUUUUUUUUUUUCUGGAUUUCUAUAGCUUGGCUGCAACUUCUGUUACGUUCGCAAUGACCUUCGAUCUGGCAUUCUUUGGGUUGUGUUAAGGAAUAAUGAUUUUGUGAGGGGUUUUUUAGUUUGUCUCAUUUUUCAUGUUUUUUUUGAGUCACGGGUACUGAAUGCAAAGUUCAUUUU